AUUUGAACUAUAGAACACAGAAGUGUCUCCUUAAAAACAAAAAGAACUUUGAACAGCUGAAAUGAAAUCUAAGAGAAGCUUAAAAAUACUAAAAAAAAUAAAAAAAAUAACUCAAAUCAUUAUAGUUUAAGAUGAUGAACUUGGUUCUCCUCAUAACACAAACUAAUAUUUACUAACAAAACAUGAAUAAUAAAAUAUUCAUUUAGAAAAGGAUUGUCCACCUCCAGGGAGCAUGUUGCAAUUCCUUUUGAACUAUGACAAGAUCGUUUUAUCAUCACCGGAUGCUAUCACUUUCGAAUAAAUCUCAAAUGCUUUAAAAAUUACUUGACAUCAAUAUGAAC